AUGCUCACGGAAGUCUUUGACCUCGUCGUGGUGGGAGGCGGUCCUGUCGGGCUCGCCGCUGCCGUCAUUGUACUGGAGCAGAACAACUUUUUCAAUCAAGCUGGAAGCUCGAAUGAUCUCGCCCGCAUGUUCCGUACCAUGUACACGGAGGACUUCAUGGCCGAACUCGCAAAGGACGCCAUGAAACUCUGGGACAAACUCGAGAGCGAUUCGGGCUCGUCUCUCCGCUGGAUGAGCGGCUUGCUCAACUUUGGAGACAAGAAAUUUCGUGGUGACAGCCCUGAAGGGACUCUAAUAGGUCCGGUGCCCAAUUUAGAGCGGCUUGGGAUUAACGGCCAAGGAAAUCGAAGAGCGCUACCCUUCAAAAAUCUGCCCCCUGAAUGGAUCGGUCUCUUCGCCCCCGACAACGGCGUCAUCAACGUCCAGCUUCUCUUGCGCAGCCUUCUCAGCCUAGCCAAAGAUUACGGCGCCGAGGCCAAACAGCACACCACCGACAAGACCAUCUGGGAGGUCCACGCCAUCCGUCACGACACUGACCCGGCACUUUUCAAAGCCAAGAAGAUCUUAUUGCCUCUGGCACCUACCUUCGGCAUCUCCCUCGAUCUCGACAUCUGGGAAAUAGUCGCCUCAUACUUCAACACCAACCCCGGACCCAACGGCACCAUCUUCCCUAGCAUGUCGUUCCAAUUCGCCCCAAACAAACACCGGCGAUCCCAGCUCUUCUACGGAUUCCCCACCGUCCCCUGGGGCCCCCCAAUGUCACUCGCAUCGCCGUCGACGCAGCCACCCGCCGCAUCAAGGACCCCAGUGAACGAGUUUAUCAAGAAGCACGUUGUCGGUGUUGAUCCUACCGUACUGGCUUUUACGCUGAGCUGUUUGCAGACUAAUGUCUUUGACAAUAUGUUUGUACUUGAUUACCUGCCAAAGGAGUAUCUAGCAGGAGGAGCUGAAAAAAGCGUUGUGGUUUUCACCGCGGGUUGGGCCAUGAAGUUUGUUCCUUUGCUUGGCAAGGCGUUGGCUGAGAUGGCGCUGGAUGGGAAGUCAGACUAUGCGCGGAAGGAGUUUGAGAUUACGAGGAAGGAUAAGAAGGGAAAGGGGAUUAUCAAGCGGGUUGUUCGAGGGAAAAGAGGGGGUCAUUCGAUGAUGAUGGAGGAGCUGGAUGUUAAUGAUGAAGUGGAGGGAGAAAGCGCUUUUACUUAUGAGGAGCAGGCUUCGGGGUCUUCGAUGAGGGGGUGUCAAAAUGUCGGGUUAUAG